AUGCGAGACCUCUACCAACACCUCAAGAGAUUAGUGUGUCUCAGUGGCAGACAAGCGGGAGGACAGCAACCCGUUGCGGACGGGAAUGGCGUGCUGCUCCAGAAAAAGAACGGCAUCCUCCAGCGAUGGACGAGAUUCUUCGGCACCCUCCUCAGCACCAAGUCCCCCACCCUGAACCCAGACAUCAUCGAACAAGUGGUGCAGCGACCAGCGACGCGUGCCACUCGACGGUUAGGAGCGGUUCGAGACGUUGAAGUCGAACGGGUAACGAAAGGACUGCAGAAGUGCAAGGAACCCGACAAUGAUUCCCUCCCUGCAGAGUUGCUCAAUAUCGACGACGACGACGAGGAACCCAUCGUCCUGGACCACCUCCGUGCCAUCAUGGUUGAGGAUUGGAUCGGAGGAGAGAUCCCCCGCGAGUGGAAGGACGCAACCAUCAAGGUUUUGUACAAGAAGGGUGACCGGUCCAACUGCAACAACUUCAGGGGGAUCUCGCUCCUAUGUCACGUAGGCAGCGUCCCCAUCAAGAUCAUCACCAACCGCCAAGCGCCUUCUGUGAAACCAACAACAUCCUCCCGGAGGAACAAUGCCGAUUCCGACCUGGGCGAUCGACCAUCGACAUGCUGUUCGUCGGUCGGGAUUGCUGAGGAGAUGAUCGCCGUCAUCCGCCAAUUCCACGACAGAAGGCGGGCCCGGAUGCGCAUGGACGACGGAGAGAUUUCGGCCUGGUUCUUGAUCACACAAGGCAUAUGGCAAGGGUGUGUGCUGUCCUUACUGCUGUUCAAUAUCUUCUUCGCCGCGGUCAUCGAGGUCGUUGCCAUUCGAUUGAGCGAGGAUGAUGUUCUUCUGCAGAACCUUGUAUACCUGGAGGAGGAGAUGGGAACGGGGGCGAGGACACCACUUAACCGAGUGCGGAGAGCUGGAUGGGGGAUGCUGCACGCCGAUGACGCCGGCGUCAUGUCGAGGUCUGCCGAAGCACUGGCGAGAAUGAUGACCGUCAUCAUGGAGGUGAUCGGGGAGUUCGGGCUGACGGUAUCGGAGAAGACGGCGACGGUCCAAAUGCGCGCAAAGGAGAAGCAGACAACAAUACCACCGCCCCCCCCGCCGCCACCGCUGAUCAUCGAGGCAGCAGGGCAGAGGUAUACCCAGACGACUGAAUUACGGUACCAAGGUGGCCUCGUCAACGAACAUGGCGACCUCACCCAGAACAUCAAUUACCGGAGCGGAGCAGCGUGGGCGUGCGUCAGGAGAUAUGGCCAGGAGCUCUUCCACAGGCCGAGAGCACCGUUCCGAUUGAAGACUCGCCUGCUCCAGGCCGAGGCGAUGAAGGCAAUGCUGUACGGCUGCAUGACAUGGGCCCCACGUCCAGACCAAUGCCGGACGUUGAGGACGAUACACCAUCGACUGCUCCUGCGAGAUAUCGGUUACCAACGCAACAAGGGCACCUACCGGCAGCUUCCCUACGCCGAGACCCUGAAGAGGGUAGGGUGCCAGAGGGUGGAAAACACUAUCCGGCAACGGUGCCUGCUGUUCGCGGGAGCGCUGGCAAGGCAGCCAGACGGACGGCUCCCGAAACGGGUGAUGCCUGGCGAACUGGUGGGGCGGCAGGGCCCAGGCAGGGCGAAACCGGAGGAAAACUGGCAGAUGUGCCUGAAGGAUGUCCUGAAGAUGUUAGAAGCAGAGCACGGAUCUACGGACGCUGAGCCAUGCUUCAAUAGAAGCAACGAAAAUGGACUGGGGGGUGUCGUGGCAUACAGAGGUGCUCCAGGGAGCUAA